UACCUUCAACGACUUUUUUCCAUAUAUGUAGCUCUUAUUGCAAUCAAUUAUCUUGGCAUUCAUGUCAUAUUUUUUUGUCCAUUGUUCCAUCUCGUCAUACAUUGAUUUACAUCGUUUUUCUCAUAUAUAUAGCUGAUGCAGCCAGUUAUUUGUGUAUGAUAGUGAUGUUUUCUUUUUAAAAAUGUUUUGCAUGAGGAGUUGAUUGUAAGGAAGUGAACUGGAGAAGGAGUUAGAUGUGAUAUGAUUGAUUUUAUAUGCUUCCAAGCUGAUUUAUAGUAUACAAUACUGGUGAAUUUGAUUUGUGAGAACAGUAUGAACUAGAGAAGUGUCCGGCUAACAUAUUUCAAAAAUUCUGAGGGCUUUCAAAGGUGUUUGUGUUGUUGGCUGUUUUUCGUUUAGAACCAAUAAUUAGUAAAGUUUUUAGUGGUUGGUCCACUCUUUGCAUGGGAUUUAUUUAGGUUAUAAAUUUUUUGUAAGCUCUUAUUUGUUGUGUAUUAAAUUUGCAUUUGGAAGUGAUAUGUAUGAUAAUGGUUGAAAAAAUAUUUUAAACUGGGAGUUGAUUGCAAGGAAGAAUUACUAGGCCUAGACGUUUUUACCCUAAAUCGAACUCUUUAUAAUGUGAACCGAAAAACUGAAAUCUGAUCCCAACCGUUAUACAAAAUAUACGAAUGUGAUUAAAAGUUUGGUAACCGAACCAGAAUUCGAAAUAAGUUAAGUAUGUUCGCCCAGGCCUAAGAAUUACCAUUUGCAAGUCAUUGUCUAAAGUCAACGGCCUAAGGCCCAAAUACAAGGCCCAAACACAAUAUAUCCUUUUAGUUCCCACGUGCGAGAAUCCAUCGUCUUCCUCGCCUACCCUAAACCCUAAUUUUUGGGGGUUUCUACCCAUUUUGCAGAUCCUCAGAUCCGAUCUUUCCUAUCAAUCCAACCGGAGCUUCCGCUCCAAAGGCGAAGUCUUUUACCCAUGACAUCGAAGUUUACGAAACUCAGCGGCCAAUUCAUCGGCAAAUUCACCCGUGUCACCGCCUUGCCUGCCCAUCACACUGAUAUGGUCCAAAGGGUUUCGAUCUUAAAAAACGAGCUUUUAGCGACGGGUAACAGUAAGGAGAGGUUCGAGAGCGUUUUGGAUCAGAAAGGGCAGUGGCUGUUUCGAAGUUAUCGCGAUGGAGCUGGGAUCGUCGAGCUUAUGGACCAACUCUUUACGCUUCCUUACUUAGCUCUUCAGGUUUUGGAGUGGAGAAGGAGACAGUUUGAUUGUUGUAUCCCUCUGACAACUGAGGAGUAUGCGAAAGGAAUCAAGAUCGCAGGUCGAGCUAGGGACAUAAGCUUUGCGGUGUUUCUAUUCAACGAGGCUGCUAAGAAACGAAGUCAGACGACUUCAGUGUACAAUGCUCUGAUGAGUGCUUACAUGUACAACGGACUCGCCGAGGAGUGCCAGUCGGUUUUCAGAGACUUCAGGAGGCAAACACAUUGUGCGCCGACCGUUGUGACGUAUAAUAUUCUUAUAUCUGUGUACGGUCGGCUUCUGAUGGUGAAGAAUAUGGAAGCAGCUUUUGAAGAGAUGCAGAAACUGAAGCUUUCUCCAAAUGCCAGUACUUAUAACUGUCUGAUUGCUGGUUAUGUGACUGCCUGGAACUGGGAUAAGUUGGAAGCAACUUUUCGAGAGAUGAAGACAGGUCUAGUUCAGCCUGAUACGGAGACGUGUCUUCUAAUGCUUCGUGGGUAUGCAAACUCAGGGGAUUUGAAUAAAAUGGAAGAGAUGUAUGAAUCUGUUAAAGAUCAGGUUGGUGUAAACAGGGGUGCUUUGGUCAGAGCCAUGAUCUGUGCGUAUUGUAAGAAAGCUGUUGAGGGUAGAGUCGAAAAGAUUGAGAAUCUAUUGAGUCUUCUCUCUGGGGAGGAAUAUUACCCUUGGUUGAAUGUGCUUUUGAUUCGUCUGUAUGCUCAAGAAGACAUUCUUGAAUCAAUGGAGAGGAGGAUCGACGAGGCGUUUAAGCACAACACAUGUGUUAAUAAAUCGAGUAUUAUGAGGGCGAUCACUGCAGCUUACUUCAGAAGUAAUGAAGUAGACAGUCUUGUUAGUUUCGUCAAGCGCGCAGAGUCUGCUGGAUGGAAGCUAUGCAGGUCUCUCUACCACUGUAAGAUACUGAUGUAUGGCUCACAAAGACGCUUUGAAGAGAUGGAAGGGGUUGUAAAUGAGAUGGGUGAGACUAAUUAUGGGCUGGUUACUAAGACGUUUGCGAUUAUGGUUAAGGCUUAUAAAAGUCACGGAAUGGAGUUGAGUGCUGAGAGAGUUAUAGGAAAGAUGCUGAAACAUGGGUGUCUACAUAUUCCAAGAACGCAUCUAACUCAAUCGGCUUCAGAUGCAACUCAAGUUGCGUAAAGAGUCCUGUUGUUUUGAGUUGUUCAGUGUUUUUAUCAAGUGUGGGCAUUGGCCAUACAGAAGAUCAAAAGGAUGUAGAGCUGUGCCCCAUGAGCCUUGAUAAAAAGAUGCUGGCUAGGCUUCCAUAAUCCGUAACCGGAGUUUUGUUUGAGAUGAGGUAGAGCACCCUUUGUCUCCCGUCAUGAGUGAACUCAGUCAUCAUUAUGUAGCCACAGUUGUACAUGUUAACGGCAAGAGUUUGAAGCUUCCAUGGCAGAUUUUUGAAUAUAUUGGUGGAUGAGAGAACCUUAGUAAAACAAAAUCUCUGUGAGUCAUGAGGACAGGGUCUGCAUUUUUUUACUUGUGUAACAGCUGACAGAUUCUUCUCUCGUAAGAAAAUGAGAACAGGCUCUGCCAAGUGAAUUUAUUAGUUAUCUUGAGAGACCUGACCGUUUGCAGUGUGUUUCUCGUCCUACCAGCUCUCUGUGGGUCCAGUUACCGAUAUCCCCAAGUCAAACUUUUUGUUGUUAGGUUAUUAGCACUCUUACAUCAUCCACAUCUGCUCUGUUGUUUUGCGUUGAGCUCUGUUUGUAAUUUUGAGGAAGAGAUAGCUCAGUUACAUCAAUGUCGGUAUAGUGGGAACCUUAUUCAGAAAUUCUAAUAAGCCAUGGAGCCUUUUGUCGUUA